GCCAAGGCGCGGGAGGCUGCCGCGCGGGCAGAGAACACGGAAAACCAGGACAAAAUCGAGAGAAAACGAGAUGAGGCCAUAUUCAAGGCCCGCGAGGCAGAAGCCACCUACCGGAGCUGUGUGGCGGAGGCGAACGACAGGCACGCGGCGCUCCUGAAGGUGAAGCGGGAUGUCCUGAUGCAGACCCGGGAGCUGAUCCUGCAGUGCGACCAGACCAUGAAGGCCGUCACCGUCUGCUACUUCCAGCUGCAACAUACCGUGGCAGCUCCGGCGCCCGUGCAGCUCCAGACCCUAUGCGAGAGCUCCCGGUUGUACGAGCCGGGGUCCCAGUACAUGGAGUUCGUGAAGCGACUGGGUCCCUCCCUCGGCCAGGAGACGCCCGAGACGCCCUUCAGCUUCGAGUCGUACACGCCGGGACAGCAGGACGCCCCUCACGACCACGCGACCAACGGCUCUGUUCCUGGGACGGAUGACCUGCAGGUGAGCCGACUGGCGGGGCCCGGAGGCAGCGACACGGACAGCGUAGGCUCGUCGAAAUCUGCCAAGAGCGCCGAUGCCUCCCCUACGGCGUCGCCCCUCGCCACCGCCCGCCGCCCCCACGCCCUCUCGUCCGGGGAUGAGCUGGAGACCGACCCUGACACAGCGGACACGCACUACCUACGAGGGACGCGGCUUCAGGUGAUGAGCAAGGCCGCCGUCACCCACGCCUUCAGGAGGCUCAAGACCCCGUCCAGGUGCCGCGAGUGUGACUCCUACGUGUACUUCCAUGGCUACGAGUGUGCGGAGUGCAUGCUAGGGUGCCACAAGAAAUGCCUGGAGACUCUGGCGAUUCAAUGCGGCCACAAGCGACUGCCCCGGAAGAUGACGACCUUCGGCGUGGACCUGGCGCAGCACCUGAGCGAGACCAGCGCCCCCGUGCCGCACCUCGUCCUCAAGUGCAUUGCGGAGAUCGACGCCCAUGGGAUCAAGACCAAGGGCAUCUACCGCGUGUCGGGCGUCAAGAGCCGAGUCGAGAAGCUGUGCCAGGCCUUCGAGAACGGCGCCCACCUCGUCGACCUCACCGAUCAGCACCCCAACGUCAUCGCUAACGUCCUCAAGCUGUACCUCCGUCAGCUGCCCGAACCCCUGCUCACCUUCAGGCUGUAUCCGGACUUUAUUAGGAUCGCCAAGGAAGCGCCAGUCACAGCGGGAACGGAGGCUAGUCGGACUAUAGAAGAGUUGCGAGAGCUGGUGCGGCGGUUACCACGACACCAUCUGAACUGCCUGACGGUUCUCAUGCACCACCUGCACCGCGUCAGCAGUUUCCCUCACCUCAACAACAUGCCGUCUUCGAACCUCGGCAUCGUGUUCGGGCCGACGCUCUUACGGACGUCGGAAGGGUCGGCGUCGCUCAGUUCGCUGGUGGACACGGUGCACCAGACGCGCGCCAUCGAACUCCUCAUCACCUACGCCCACGAGAUCUUCCCACAGAGCGAAAUCCUACAGUCGAGAGAUCUGCAGGUGCCCUCGGGAGCAGCGUCUGCCAGGGCGCGGCUCGACGAGGUGCUCAAGCAGCCCCUGCCUAGCCGCCAGACCUCCGUGCACACGAGCAGCAGCAGCAGCAGCAGUAGCAGCAGCGGGGUCAACGUGACCGGGAUCUCGGGUCACAAGCGCGGCCGCGACGGAGGCGCCUCUGAGCUGGUAGGAGUGGUGGAGGACUCUCCCUCGCCGGCGCCCUCGCACGCCCACAAGGACAGGAAGGACUCGGAGAACUUAGACGAGGACUGGGAGUGGGAGGGCGAGGAGUCGUCCACGGAGGCGGGCGGGAGCGAACCGGCCACGCCCAGGCCGCCCGCAGCCGCCGCCCGCGCGCCCGCCAGCCACGCCAAGAUCUACAAGACGUCGCUCAAGGACUACGUAGGGCUCGAGGGGGUGGAGGUGCGGACGAGUUCGGGCGUGACGAAGACGGAGUCCCGCGGGUCCGUGACGCUGGAGCAGGGCGCGGGCGCGGCAGGCAUGGCGAGCUCCGGCGGGCGCAAGGUGUCGCCGCUGCUGGGCCAUCGCUCCAGCCACGCCCACCGCUCGGGGCUCGCCAGCGGCACCGACUCCUCCAUCGACUCGGACUACAGCUACGAGUACAGCCAGCCGAGCGCCGCCGGGGCCACCCCGACCUGCGCCUCCGCCGCCCACGCCUCGGUGCUGUCGGCGCGCGGGCGGAACGAGGCCAUGGCGGGCGGGGCGUCGCGGGCCGUGUCGGUGUCCCGCGACCCGUCCCUGGACAAUGUGACGUCAUCGGUGACCUCGUCUGACUCGUCCUCGCAGGAGCUGGAUUCCGCCCACGCCACCGAGGACUCCCACAGCUCGGAGGCGUACGACGAGACGGACGCCGCCCACGUACGCCCACUCGCCUACUCCUCCGGGUGUGGCGGCAGCAGCGGGGGCGAGAGCGGCUACGUGUCGCCGUACCUGAGCACGGAGCGCGGGGGGCUGGUCACGCUGGGCCCUUCCCUCCUGCUCACCCGCGCCACCAUCGCGCAGUACGACACCAAGCGCACCAUCACCACCGUCGUUGCGCCCAAGUCAUCCUUCGACGAGAACCGCGUCAGGAUACAGGUUCCCGCUGCGGCUGUGGCGGCCGCUGCGGCGGGCGGCGGCGCCACCAGGACAGUGAGCGCCGCGGGAGGAGGAGGCUUAGGGGCAGAGGCCACCGUCACGGUGUCGAGGUCGGGCCCGCAGGAGAUCCCCCGGCAGGACACGGGGGGCGACGACGACCUCAGCAGCUCCCACGGUCGUCUCCAGCCCGAAAGCCGCGCCUCCUCGCAGCACCCGACGCAGCACGCCGCCCAGGAGCACCCGCGCAAGCCUUCGCCCAACAGAGCACCGCGAUUCGUGUAAGGGCGGGUCGGAAGCGGCGUCCGUCGGCGCAGCUCGUCCGGGCGCUCGGUGUGCAGAGGCAGCGCCGAGAAGUGCGGGCUGGACGAGGCAGACUCCUUAUGAUUAAGUAUUGAAGCUAGAGGCUUCGUGCUCCGCGCGGACAGGUGUCUGAGUGGUUAAAAGGAAGCCCCCCAGGUGCCGCCUGUGUAGGCUACUCGCGACUUGCCCCGCGUGGGUCGGGCGAGUGGGCUGGUUACGCUACGUCUUGAGCUAGCAGAGCAGGGUACGACUGUCGGACAGCAGCAGGACUAACGGACGACGGAAUGGCGCCGCGAAAGGUGUCUGAUAGACAAAAGAGAGAUUUCCGUGUGCUCGGAGAAAGAACGCGAGAGAAAGCGAUUCACUAAGCGCUUUACAGGCCGUGUUAUGUGCAGGUCACUACAGUCAGUUGAAAUAUCCACUGGAGUCGCAUGCCUUUCCACUCGUGAAUAUGAAAUGAUUAUAGUGUUUUCAUCAAGUUUAUCUCUUAUCAAUAUGUCUCAUUUCAAAUAAGUUCAACGCAUGUUUUUAAUCAAAUGUUUUCAUUCCAAACAUUGUAUGUUAUCAAAUUCCUUGAGAUUAUUAUUUAAAAAGUAUUUAAAAAGUAGUCUUUCGGUAAAUUUGGAAAGCUUUAGUUGCCAACGUUGCUAAUUUUAUUGAUUUCUUGCUGGGCAGAUUAGAGACUGAACUAUGAUGCACACAAGACAUCGUAUAAUUCAAAGAUAUAAAUAUUUUCAUCAUGAGAAGUUAUGGAAGACUCCAGGAAAAUGUACAAGGAAUCAGGCACAAGGCAUACCUCCUUCUUAUAUAUACUCGGUAUAUGAGAAGGGAGAAAUGUUGGGGCGCUUCUCCAAAAGUCGAUUAGGAAAAAGAAAGAGACAAACCUUCACAUGGAAAAGUGAAGUAAAAUUCCACGUAUUCUGGUCCUUGUCGUGCUGCUGCUACAGUAAUUCACACACACACACACACACACACACACACACACACACACACACACACACACACACACACACACACACACACACACACACACAAACUCACAAACACACAAACACACAAACACACAAACACACAAACACAAACACAGAGUCACUCGCACUUUCCUCGCCCUGCCCUGCCCUCUCAACCCGCGCCAUCGAGUCGCAACCCGCGGGACAGCAGCCGAAGGACACCAGCCUCUCCGACGACGACCACGACAGGAACCGCGGGCAGAACCGGCUGGCGUAGCUUCGAAACGACACGACUCUCUAGCGGUUCGGCGGCGGACCAGACCAGCGAUCGGUUGAUAGUCUGGACGGGGGUUAAGGUGUCACUAACUGAAACUUUGUAGCUGUGACUGGACUUGAAAAUACAGAUUAUUUUUGCAGACUUUGUUGACUGUAUAACAAACUGUAGUAUGACCAAAAUAUAUGCAAAGUAUGUGCAAAAAGCUGCGAACCAAAUCUUUGUAUAUGUACUCGAGUGUACUGAAGAGAAAUGCAGUGUAUGUAAAUUGCAGAACUUAUAUGCUGUGUAUGUACUGUUCAUAAGCUGACGAGAGAGGUGUACAUGCUAUGUAUUGUAACGUUAUAGUGUACAUAACUUUUGUGUAAUGUGUAUUCAUCGUUGUAGUUUAUAAACUUAUGAAGAGGAAAUUAUUGUACAUAAAUAAUUCAGACAGUUAAAAAGGCCUUAUAUGUUUCAGUAGCAAGGUUCAGUGGGAAAUGGUGAUUAACGAUAGACAUCUGCAUUAUCUUCCAGAUUCAAAUAUAUAUAUAUAUCACUUUGGUCCCUAAGACGCAUCAGAGUUAAUUUGUCAGUCAUUUUCUUUCUCAUCUUUUUUUAAAACAUAUGUUCUAACUGGAUAGGUUUGUGUAAAUUUUUGUAUCGUAUCCCUUUAUUAGAUUCAGCGUUGCCAAAUGAUGGAGAGAUUAAGAUCCAUUUGCAAUAUAAUUACAGUGAUUAAUCCUUUAGAUGAGAAAAUGAACCUUAUUACUCUAGCACAUAAGGUAGGAAGCCACCCACGAGUCUCGGAGGUGCUAAUAAAACAUAGAUCGUAUACUAAUAUUUAUUACAUGUGAAGUACUCUGCAAAAACUGUCCUCUGGUAUAGUCGACGUAUGGACCAUUUUCCUAUAUCUCUGUGGAAAGGUGGGUCGAAAUUUAAGGGCUUUGUCAAAAUCGUUGGAAAUCCACUUGUAAAAAAAAUAUAUAUAUAUAUAUAAAAAUGUAAAAACAAUUCCGAAACCUACAGGCAUAUUAAAAGUAUUUAUGUUGCUAAUUCAUUCAUAAAAAAAGAAAGCAGAAGAAGCCUAUACUGAAAUAAGUUUGUUGAAGAGAAAUAUGUUGACGCGUUAUUUAAAAAAAGGAAAAGAGAAGAAGAAGAAAGAAAAAAAAAAACAGAUUCCAUUUGUACCUCAAAUUAUUUUUCCACAUUUCUAGACUUACUUUCCGUAUCUUUUUGACGAAGUCUUAUCGUACAGAGGGCACCAUUGACCUCCAGUACCACGCAUAGAUUUUUAUGUUUAGCUUUCAGCUCCUUAUUAUAUGGCCUAUGGUAACGUCAAUUUCGCCUCCGUCUUAUUUAGUGUUCAUGUAUAUUGUAUAUAUAAGAGGGAAUAAAUGUAAAGAUGCGUAAUAA